AAUACCUUGCAAAUGUGCCAAUUUCCUCUUGUUUCGGGACGCCAAUUACAAGGCAUUAGGCUAGCAAGAACUUUUCAAAGCCGAGAGAGUUGACACUAUAUUCGCCACUUCCCUCCGUGAUAGAAAGAAUUGCCUUGGCUGGUUAUGUGAGAAAACACUGGCAUGGGUGUGUUAUUUAGCAGGAUAAAAAAGCGGUGUCGUUGUACGAGGCGAUAUCGGAUCGUUAUUGUCGGGCUAGAAGGUGCGGGAAAGAAGACCGUUCUUGAUCAACUUCAACUUGGAAAAGUUAAGGUGAAGACACUUGCUACAGGUUUUCACGUCAGGACUUUAAAAUUCAAGAACAUCAUCUUCACAGCCUGGGAUCUUGGAGGAAUGAACUUGCGUGUCCUCCGCAGAGAAUACCUGAGGAAACCAUCGGCCAUUGUUUACGUCGUGGACAGCUGUGACGAAGUGGGACUCGAAGUCGCCCAGGAGGAACUGCAGGAAGUGCUGCGGAACACUGGGGUCGUAGGAAUCCCUCUGCUCGUCAUGGCCAACAAGCAGGACUUACCCGAGGCCCUUCCUGCGUCCCGGGUGAGCGAGGUCCUCAACCUAACACACUACGUCGGUCCGUGGCACUUACAGCCUACCUGUGCCACGACCUCCGACGGCUUGUACGAGUCCUGUCACUACCUGUUCUUGAUGAUAACUCUCCUCCAGAAGUCGAGUUGACGAUGCACGGGUUUAUCGGACGAACACCCUCCCUGCUGAACAUUCAUGGCAUUGUAUGAUUGAUGUUAUCAUGUAUAUUACUCAUCUCACGGCCUUUUAUUUGUCAAAUUCAUUUUCAUUUUCAUUCACAUGAGGCUUUGAUUAAUCUUAAGACUAUAUCACGGAAAUCUGUACCGAGUUCUU